AUGGAAAGCAUUUGCGAGGGUCGUCAUUUUGCUUGGGCCAAAGUUGCCCUAUUCUCCUGGCUUUUCACCCCACAUCGGUGCUCUUCAGCCUGCCAUCGGGUCUUUGGGCGUUGGCUCCAAGAGGAGGAAAGAAAGGCCCUGUUAAAAUCAGUGGACUACUUGGUUUGGAUCGACGGUGAUGCCAUGGUGCUGGACCACGGCCGUGCGUUGAAGGACUUCGUCGCGGGGCGCUUCCGCAGGAAGGCACUCGUCCUCGCCGAAGACAUGUCUUGGGCGGAUUGCUUGAAUACAGGCGUUUUUUUCGCACGCACGGACUCGGACUGGCUGAGCAGCCUUUGGGCUGAUACCUGGAAUGGAUCCCAUCAGCGCUUUCACCAGGCACCUUUUUGGGAUCAGAGCGGCUUGUGUCAAGAGCUGGCCAAGCGUCGCGAGUUUUUGCCACAGGUGCUGGGUGCUAUGCCAACAGGAUUGUCUGCGAAGACUCCUUGGUUUAGCUGGAUGGGAGGUCCUCACUUGAAGGAGACUCCCCAGUUGGGCAUUUGGGACAGCGCAUCUUUGCAGUUCGCGAAUCCUUUGCAUGCGCAGUUCAUUUUGCACCUCUGUGGCUUCUCUGCCAAACUGAAGCUGUGCAGGUCCCUUUGUUGCAACGGAGUGUUGCGGAAUUUCCGUUUGUCCACUGACGAGUCCGUUGAGCAGCAUCCAACAGCGUCGUCAAACCCUUUGUGGAAAGCGGCAGUUCUGCUUCUUGAUGGCUGUUCUGAGAUGGCAGUUGGCUGGAAUGCGUGUGGUCCUGGUGACGGUCAUGCCGAAGGAGGGUGCCUUCAGCCAUCAGCUUUGCCUACACCUGAAGAGCUCAGUUGGAAUGCGUUGCGAUGGCGUUGGGGUCACACCCCGGUGUCGGUUGAGUGCAUCGACGCUGACAUUCCCACAGCAGAAGGGGCAGUGAGCCGAGCUGCCUUGUGGCAAGUCAUUGACUAUGUCCGUGGCUUUCCUCCUCCAUGUCACCCGCUGCUGGGGAAGUUGUCCAAGGAAAUGUUCUGCACACGUUGGAUCUUUCCAGAAGGGGGUGAACUUCACCUCUACCCUCCAGGUGCCCGCGUCCAAUUCGACACAGGAUCCAUUGGGCCACUGUUCCUUUGGGUGCUUUCCGGCCAGAUGGAAUGCAGCAGCGCCUGCUGCUCUGGCAAGCUCAGAGCAGGUCAGCAAUUGCCACUUCAGCAUGGGGAGGUCUUCACAUGCACAGCCUUGGCACCCACUGCUGCCAUGUGCCGGUCCAGCAGCUCUCCUCCGAGUCCUUUGGGGCAGUUGUUGCCAGUUUCGGGUGCCUGUGCGCCAUCAAUGGGAUGGCAGUGGUUCGGUCACCCUGAGAACUGGCUUGGUGCUCCUAAAGGUCAUGAGCCGGUAGACCAGGUGGCUUUGGCCAAGCAGAAGGAAAUGCAAAAGUUGCUGCCAUAUGCCAAGGUUCGAUGA